UUCCGGCCGGUGUGGGGAGGGGGGGAAGCGUCUCCAAACAUGGCGUCUCGCAAGGAAACCACGGUGGCCGCCAGCACCGGCUCCUCCGCUGCCGCCAGCAAAGCCAGGAGCAAGGGGGCCCCGGGGGACUCGGCCGUCAAGCAGGUGCAGAUCGACGGGCUGGUUGUGUUAAAGAUUAUUAAGCAUUACCAAGAAGAAGGACAGGGGAAUGAGGUGGUCCAGGGAGUGCUGCUGGGACUUGUAGUGGAUGACAGGCUUGAAAUCACCAACUGCUUUCCAUUCCCUCAGCACACGGAAGAUGAUGCAGACUUUGAUGAAGUUCAAUACCAGAUGGAAAUGAUGCGAAGCCUUCGCCACGUAAAUAUUGAUCAUCUUCAUGUUGGCUGGUACCAAUCUACUUACUAUGGCUCUUUUGUCACUCGUGCCCUCCUGGACUCCCAGUUCAGUUACCAACAUGCAAUUGAGGAGUCUGUAGUUCUCAUUUACGAUCCCAUUAAGACUGCCCAAGGGUCUCUGUCGCUAAAGGCUUACAGACUGACUCCCAAACUGAUGGAAGUUUGCAAAGAGAAAGAUUUCUCUCCAGAAGCAUUGAAAAAAGCAAAUGUUUCAUUUGAGCACAUGUUUGAAGAGGUGCCCAUUAUAAUUAAGAAUUCGUACCUGAUCAAUGUUAUGCUUUGGGAGCUGGAAAAGAAAUCGGCAGUAGCAGAUAAACACGAAUUGCUCAGUCUGGCUGGAAGUAAUCACUUGGGAAAGAGCCUGCAAUUACUGAUGGACAGAGUGGAUGAAAUGAGCCAGGAUAUAGUUAAAUACAACACUUACCUGAGGAACACAAGCAAGCAGCAGCAGCAGAAACACCAGUACCAGCAGAGACGUCAGCAAGAAAACUUACAGCGACAGAGUCGAGGAGAGCCUCCGCUUCCUGAAGAGGACAUGAGCAAACUGUUCAAACCUCCACAACCCCCUGCCAGAAUGGAUUCACUGCUUAUUGCAGGUCAAAUUAAUAACUAUUGCCAGAAUAUCAAGGAGUUUACUGCACAGAACCUGGGCAAACUCUUCAUGGCGCAGGCUCUUCAAGAGUACAAUAACUAAAGAGAAAAAUCUGGUAUUUGAUAUGAUCUCCAUCAAAAGGAGAUGGCCUGACUCUCAGUUUAUACUUCUGACAACACUUUUAAAACCAUUGUUUGUGUAUUGGAAAAAUAUUUUGUGAAACCAAGGCACACCGGUUUGCCUAGAAUUCUCGUCUAAAGAAAAAUAAAAGCAAAUUUUAACA